AUGUUCAUAUCUCUGCCGAACUCGUCGGAAGGCACAGCGGUUAAUGCUCCAGGCUUUGGUGUACGCAGUUGUUUUGGAAGGGUGUGUGGGUGUGUGUGUUCCAUGGUCGUAGGUUGCGUUCCCCGUACCUGCAAACCACCCAACAAGAGCCGAGGGCUCAAGGGCUGCCAGAUCGUCUAUAAGCACCAGGGGCCCGCAGCAGCCAUCCAUUCAUGCGCUCUGCGCAACUAUGCGCGCGCACUCCACCACCAGCAGGCCGCAGCCGGCCGUCGCAACGCGAUGAAUCACGCGCAUCGACUCCGCCGGUCUGCUGUUUCUGACGCAUCGGAAAGGAUCGACCGACGGACUAUCGCCGAACAUUGA